AGCACAAGGGAAGCCGGGUGCAAGAACGCUGUCGAUUUCUUCUCGUUAUCGAUUGGCUUGCCUCCAGCUUGCACACGAUCGCGAGCAGAUCCGACACUCAGAGGGCGAGAUGUGGGCCCAGGCGAGCCGCACACCUAGCCGCCUAGGCAACAGCUCAGCGCCUCGGCCAAAAACGGCCCCUAAAUUCGCACCACCGCAGAAGGGAGGCGUGCUGUGCUUCCAGGAGACACCAAGGUCGACGCCAAAUGGCGGCCUACCAUGGUUGGUGAACAGGGAAACUACGGAGAAUGGCAAAACGUCAUGGCGCAGAUUGUCACCUAUAUGGCCUUCAACCAUUCGCGGUACGGAUUCAUCAUUACCGACACAGUCUUCGUCGCUCUGAGGAUCACCCGCUGCGAAGUCGGUCCUGGUCUAGCUGCUGGCCGUGCCCGGCGAGCCAUGGCGACAACACACCAAAGACGGCCUUCUGACGAGUCUAUGGCGUCGGCCGGCUCGUCCUACCUCGACGACGAACCACUGGAGUGGGAGUACCAGGAUCCGGAAUACGCCCUGGCGCCCUGGGAUGCGCAUGGACGAGGGAGGCUCACUAUCAGGCUUGCUCUGUGGUGUCUGGCGAUGAUGGCUGCGAACGGUGACAACCACAUCGACUACUGGUAUCCCGAUUUGGACUCCUGGCGGCUUGCAAAGGAAGGAUACUACGUCCACAACACGACGGGUGCGAAGAAAAGGCGGCUGGACCGAGGCGCCCUUCUUUCUAAGACCCCCAACCCCGAAACCCCUGGAGGGAACGGGCCAUGGGGUGCCGGCCAGCCACUGGUUGCUGCCUUGGAAGGCGAGAUUGGCAACAGCAGUCUGGGUUACUUGGACCUACCGGGCACAAGCACCGGCCAGGAUAUGCCGUACUUCAGCCAAGCUGCCAGCCCUUUCCCUGGGGGAGAGGAAGAAGCAGGGCGCGAAGAAGACGAGGAGCACUCUGAGUAUGGUGAGGAGAACUCGGAGGAGAAGGAGGGGGCGGAGGAGGAAGAAGACGAACACAGAGGAAAACGAAAACAGUGGGCGGUGGCACAAGGGGUUCCCCGGGGCGGAGGCAUCGAGACUACAGCGACGAUGACAAUCGGACCGUGGUUGGACCUGUAGUCCAACGCACGAAGGUCACGAUAAAGAAGCAUAGGUUUUCGUCGAAGCUCACCUUUGUAGACACCAAAGGAAAUGAGCGAGUCACGACAGAGAGGAGUGGAAAAGGUUUCUGGUGGAUAUCAGCCAUGGAGAGGAAGAAUGUUUACUUCACGAAGCACCUCCCUUAGGCGGGGCAGCUGCGUCGUGGUGUACUUUGUUGGAUUCCUCCUUUUUCCUUGCCCUAUGCCUAUAUCUACCACCCCAACCCCUCUAUUUCUCUUUCCUAGAUAUAUAGUUCAGCUAGCUUAGUGCGGCACUUGCUUAGUCUUGGGAUCCUAGUUGUCCAGAAGUGUUUAGUUUCUUAGCGCUCAAGGG